AUGCAGGACCCGCAACCAAACCCUCGGGCUCCACAUCGCUGGAGCCCCCAACACGAACAGGACCCGUCCGUCGCCGAAAUCUUAUCGUCACCGCCGCAGUUACAGGUCAAUGUUUUCUACCAGCGGAAGACACGGACCAGUUUCUGUAUGAGUAAUUGUAAAAAUAUUGAAGUGGCGGAGUUGUGGCCUUUAUAUGCUGACCAUUAUCCCUCUCAUGAUGGACAUUCGGAUUCUGAUGCUGGAGUUAUGGAGUCUGCAAGUCAAGAAAGGUUGAAGGAUGAAAAGCGCGCCGAUCAGGAACCGGAAAUCGUCUCCGACAGCGGCACGAAUCUCAGCCUUACAGCCACCACCACUUCACAUGAUCCCUCAACAACGACCAAACCCUUCCCCUUUUUCAAUCUCCCCCUCGAACUCCGCCUCAAAAUCUACGCCCUCCUCCUUCCACCCCGCCACCACAAAAUAACCACCCAAAUCCCCCACAACGGCUAUUUCUACAACACAUCCACCGUCCCCCUGCACUCGGCUACCUCCUUCUAUCCCUUCGGCACCAGCUCUCCUCCAAAAUUGACGACGUAUAAAGUCCUCACAGCGAAUUUCCGCUCCGAUUUCCCGAGCCCGAGUAUCGAGCCGCAGAUUCUGAGAACGUGUAAGAAGAUAAAGGAGGAGGCGGAGUGGGUGCUGUAUGGAGGGAGGGGCGUGGUGUUUGAUUUUGAGACGAGUGUUGAUGCUGCGGUGGCGUUUUGGGGGGAUAGGAGUCGUGAGGCGAGGGGGUGGGUGAGGGGGUUAAGGGUUGCGAGGGAGGUUCCGUCGUGGUUAGGCAAAGACUCCUGGGGCAAUGAUCGGAGAGAUGAAGUCUGGGAUAGAUUUUGUCGCUUUGUGAAAGACGAGUUGACGGGGUUGUGGAAGUUAGAUGUUACGCUUUGGAGUUCAUCGGGGAGUGCAGUAGGGUUUCCGAGCCAGAUUGCAAGUUCUGGAACUGGAGAUGAAGAAGGUGACACGAAGUUAAAAGAGCAAGAAGACCAGAGGAAAUGGAGAGAAUGGGAAUACACGGCUUCUCUACUCCAAGCAGAGGGCUUGAGAGAAGCGAGGGUCACGUGGUGGGGAUUCGGCUCUGGAGAGGAAAAGGGGGUUGAGGAAUUGCAGAUGGAUGGGACGAUGAUGAGGGUCAGGCCGGAGAGGUUUGAUAGUUGGGUUGCGAGGAGGAUGGUGGGUGAUAGGUUAGUGAGGGAGAAGAUGGUUAGGGAUGGGGUUGUAGUUGAGGGUGUUGUGGUUGUGAGGGGCUCAGGAGCUUGA